AACGACCAUAGCCUCCUCCCUGCCCCCGAAAUGCAGAACCUCUGGCAAGCCCUCAAUACCCUCUUCUUCGGCGGCCGCAUCCCAGGUGUCCACUUUUGCCGGAAGAAAGACGAGCACAGCGUCCUGGGCCGGACGGACUAAGAGCAGCUUCGCUCGCAGCCCGGUGGUUAGCAUGCAUCUCGCACGCACGUUGCGGGACUUUGGCAACUACGCGGUGCUGGACUUCGUCUCAACCCUAGUACACAAAGUGAUCUAUGUGUUCCUGCAGGCCUACGCGUGCUGGUGGUGUCGUGCGUGGGAUCGGUAUCACGCGGCUGGAGGGCAUGGGAGGUUGUUCCAGAUGCUCGGGAAGAGGAUGGGAGGGGCGGUUCCUCGGCUUUUGGGCGUGCCGGUGAAGCUGGGGCGGGUUGAGAGUUUGCUGGGGGAUUCGGGGUUGCGAGAGGGGAAGGAGGGGAGGUUGAGGGGAAGAGUGCCGAGUGCGCAUGAUUUCGAGGUGUGGAGGUUUGAGGAUGCGGAUGCGGAUGCGGAUGCGGAUGUGCAGGGUGCGGAUGUGAGGCGGUUGAUUGAGAAGACGCUUAGCGAGUGGGAGGUUUGAUUGAGUGGUAUUGAUGGAUUAAUUCUUGCGUGCACUUGUGGGAGCAGGGUAUUGUCAUCGAUGUGCGCUUGGGGAUGGUACAUUUACCUGGCAAUAUCAUGCACAAGUCGGCACGUCCUUCAGACUAGAGGGUGUAUAUCUGUAGACUAGGAACGAACGAAGGCCACGUAAGGGUGCGUGGCUUUGUUGAACCGCUCCACAUUUUUCUUACUCGAUGAAGUCGUACGUUUACUGCGCAUUAUCUUGUAGGGUGCGGCGAGC